GGCUCUCCGUCUUUAACCCUUUGAGCUCUGCAGGAGUUUAGAAAAGCUGAAAGGAAAUCUUAUUCAUCCAGACAGAGGUGGAAAAGGGCAGAGAGAGAAUGGCUGGCCUUCCUUUAGCAAAUGAGGGAAGUGGAAAAGGCCCUUCCAGUGUUCAGUCUGGAAUCCAUGUGGAGAUCUGGGCAAGAACUGGGCAGAAGAUGCUGGAAGAAGGAACCAUCGUUUCACAAGUUCAGGCCUGGAACUUCAGGAGCAUCCAAUAUCAGGAGAAUGAGGGUCCCCGAGGACUUUGUAGCCGACUCCACUUCUUUUGCAGUCGAUGGUUGAGACCAGAAAAGCACACAAAAGCACAGAUGCUGGACCUGGUGGUUCUGGAGCAGUUCCUGGCCCUUCUGCCCCUGCAGAUGGAGAGGUGGGUGCGGGAGUGUGGAGCAGAGACCAGCUCCCAGGCGGUGGCCCUGGUGGAAGGCUUCCUCCUGAGCCAGGCGGAGGAGAAGAAGGAGCAGGUUGAGUUGCAGUCCUUUGCAAUGGAGAUCAGAGAUCCUGAGACAAAGAGGCAUUUGUCAAAUCUCCCUCAAGAAUUGUCUUUCAGGGGGAUCCCUCAGGAAGAUCCAGUUCAGGACACCUCAGGAGGGAAGAAUAGAAGGAAGUUGACUCUUGGUUUUGGGGGAGUGGAAACUAGGAUUGAACCUCCAACUCAGGAGGAUCUUCUGCCCUUUGAGGAAGUGGCUGUUUAUUUCUCCGAGGAGGAAUGGUCUCAGCUGGAUCCUGACCAAAAAGCUCUGCAUUGGGAAGUCAUGCUGGAGAAUUAUAAGAAUGUGGCCUCUCUUGGUGAUAGUGAGAAUGACAAUGAAGUCUCUGGAGAACUAGUCAAAGUGCUCAAACAAGGAGACGUAAUGAAGAAACCUGCAAUUCAAACAGAAUUGCAAAGGCAGGAGAGAAACCAGUCAAAUAACUGGAAUAAGGAAAGCUCAACUUUAGAUGUAAAUGGACCCUGUCCAUCACAAGCCAAAAGACAAACAAAUAUAUGCAAAGACACAGGGAAAAAUUACAGUUGGAUAUUCACACUUUCUCAAGAAAAUAGUUCUCUUGAGUCACAGAAAAGUUUUCUCACCGGGGAGGAGUCAAAUAAAUUCAAAGAACAUGGAAACAAGGUUGUUAAUAAAAGGACAUCCACAAGGCAGAAGCCAUAUAAAUGCACGGAGUGUGGAAAGAGCUUUACAACAAGCAAUGAACGUACACACCAUCAAAGGAUCCACACAGGGGAAAAGCCUUAUAAAUGCAUGGAGUGUGGAAAGGAUUUCAGAAUAAGCAGUAAUCUUACAUACCAUCAAAGGAUCCACACAGGGGAGAGGCCAUAUAAAUGCGUGGAGUGUGGAAAGGGCUUUGAAACAAGCAAUGAACUUACAUGCCAUCAAAGGAUCCACAUAGGGCACAACCCAUAUAAAUGUAUGGAGUGUGGAAAGAGUUUCAGAACAAGCAGUUUACUUACAUCCCAUCAAAGAAUCCACACAGGGCAGAAGCCUUAUAAAUGCAUGGAGUGUGGAAAGGGCUUUAGCCAAAAGGGUAACCUUAUUACCCAUCAAAUGAUCCACACAGGGGAGAAGCCAUAUAAAUGCAUGGAGUGUGGAAAGGGCUUUUGCCAAAAGAGUAACCUUAUUACCCAUCAAAUGAUCCACACAGGGGAGAAGCCAUAUAAAUGCAUGGAGUGUGGAAAGGGCUUUAAAACAAGCAAUGAACUUACAUGCCAUCAAAGGAUCCACACAGGGGAGAAGCCAUAUAAAUGCAUGGAGUGUGGAAAGGGCUUUAAAACGAGCAUUGAACGUACAUGCCAUCAAAGGAUGCACACAGGGGAGAAGCCAUAUGAAUGCAUGGAGUGUGGAAAGGGCUUUAGCCAAAACAGUAACCUUAUUACCCAUCAAAGGAUGCACACAGGGGUGAAGCCAUAUAAAUGCAUGGAGUGUGGAAAGAGCUUCCGAACAAGCAAUCAACUUACACGCCAUCAAAGGAUCAACACAGGGGAGAAGCCUUAUAAAUGCAUGGAGUGUGGAAAGGACUUCAGAACAAGCAAAGAACUUACAUGCCAUCAAACUAUCCACACAGGGGAGAAGCCUUAUAAAUGCAUGGAGUGUGGAAAGGACUUCAGAAUAAGCAGUAAUCUUACAUCCCAUCAAAGGAUCCACACAGGGGAGAAAUCAUAUAAAUGCAUGAAUUGUGGAAAGGAGUUCGGAACAAGCAAUGAACUUAUAUGCCAUCAAAGGAUCCACACACGGGAGAAGCCAUAUGAAUGCAUGGAGUGUGGAAAGGCCUUUAAAACAAGCAAUGAACUUACAUGCCAUCAAAGAAUCCACACAGGGGAGAAGCCAUAUGAAUGCGUGGAGUGUGGAAAGGCCUUUAGCCAAAACAGUAACCUUAUUAACCAUCAAAGGAUGCACACAGGGAAGAAGCCAUAUAAAUGCAUGGUGUGUGGAAAGGGCUUUGAAACAAGCAAUGAACUUACAUGCCAUCAAAGGAUCCACACAGGGGAGAACCCAUAUAAAUGCAUGGAGUGUGGAAAGGGCUUUAGCCAAAAGAGUAACCUUAUUACCCAUCAAAUGAUCCACACAGGGGAGAAGCCAUAUAAAUGCAUGGAGUGUGGAAAGGGCUUUAAAACAAGCUUUGAACUUACAUGCCAUCAAAGGAUCCACACAGGGGAGAAGCCAUAUGAAUGCAUGGAGUGUGGAAAGGCCUUUAGCCAAAACAGUAAUCUUAUUACCCAUCAAAGGAUCCACACAGGGGAGAAGCCUUAUAAAUGCAUGGAGUGUGGAAGGAGCUUCAGAACAAGCAAUGAACUUACACGCCAUCAAAGGAUCCACACAGGGGAGAAGUCUUAUAAAUGCAUGGAGUGUGGAAAGGACUUCAGGACAAGCAAUGAACUUACAUGCCAUCAAAGGAUCCACACAGGGGAGAAGCCAUAUAAAUGCAUGGAGUGUGGAAAGGACUUCAGGACAAGCAAUGAACUUACAUGCCAUCAAAGGAUCCACACAGGGGAGAAGCCUUAUAAAUGCAUGGUGUGUGGAAACAGCUUCAGAAUAAGCAGUAAACUUAUAUCCCAUCAAAGGAUCCACACAGGGGAGAAGCCAUAUAAAUGCAUGGAAUGUGGAAAGAGCUUCAGAACAAGCAGUAAACUUACAUGCCAUCAAAGGAUCCACACAGGGGAGAAGCCAUAUAAAUGCAUGGAAUGUGGAAAGAGCUUCAGAACAAGCUAUAGACUUGCAUGCCAUCAAAGGAUCCACACAGGGGAGAAGCCAUAUAAAUGCAUGGAAUGUGGAAAGAGCUUCAGAACAAGCAGUAAACUUACAUCCCAUCAAAGUAUCCACACAGGGGAGAAGCCAUAUAAAUGCAUGGAAUGUGGAAAGAGCUUCAGAACAAGCCAUAGACUUGCAUGCCAUCAAAGGAUCCACACAGGGGAGAAGCCAUAUAAAUGCAUGGUGUGUGGAAACAGCUUCAGAACAAGCUGUAACGUUACAUCCCAUCAAAGGAGCCAUACAGGGGAGAAGCCAUAUAAAUGCAUGGAGUGUGGAAGGAGCUUCAGAAUAAGCAGUCAUCUCACAUGCCAUCAAAGGAUUCACACAAGGGAGAAGUCAUAUAAAUGCAUGGAGUGUGGAAAGUGCUUUAGCCGAAAGAGUACCCUUAUUACCCAUGAAAUUGUCCACAAAAAGGAUAAGCCAUAUAAAUGCAUGGAGUGUGGAAAGGGCUUUAGCCGAAAGAGUACCCUUAUUACCCAUGAAAUUAUCCACAAAAAGGAUAAGCCAUAUAAAUGCAUGGAGUGUGGAAAGGGCUUUAGCCAAAAGGGUAACCUUAUUACCCAUCAAAAGAUCCACAAAGUGGAGAAGCCAUAUAAAUGCAUGGAGUGUGGAAAGGGCUUUAAAACAAGCAAUGAACAUACAUCCCAUCAAAGUAUCCACACAGGGGAGAAGCCAUAUAAAUGCAUGGAGUGUGGAAAGGGCUUUAAAACAAGCAGUGAACUUACAUGCCAUCAAAGGACCCACACAGGGGAGAAGCCAUAUACAUGCAUGGAGUGUGGAAAGAGCUUCAGAAUAAGCAGUUAUCUUACAUCCCAUCAAAGGAUCCACACAGGGGAGAAGCCAUAUAAAUGCAUGGAGUGUGGAAAGAGCUUCAGAAUAAGCAGUCAUCUCACAUGCCAUCAAAGGAUCCACACAGGGGAGAAGCCAUAUAAAUGCAUGGAGUGUGGAAAGAGUUUCAGAACAAGAAGUACACUUACAUCACAUCAAAGGAUCCACACAGGGGAGAAGCCAUAAUGCAUGGAGUGUGGAAAGAGCUUCAGAAUAAGCAGUUAUGUUACAUCCAAUCAAAGGAUCCACACAGGGGAGAAGCCAUAUAAAGGCAUGGAGUGUGGAAAGGACUUCAGAAUAAGCGGUCAACCUACAUUCCAUCAAAGGAUCCACAUCGGGGAGAAGCCACAUGGAGUGUGCAAAGGGAGAAUCCCCAAAACAAGGUUACAUUUCAAUGAGAAUGUAUACUAAUUAUUGAUUUAAUGGGUUCUAUAUAUGGAUUUCCAAUUGACAGACUGAACUCUGAAAAUGAUUUUUCUGCCAUUCACCCUCCUGACAGCCAUAGAGUGUUGGGUUUAGUAAUGAAAAAAGGAAGAAGUAUAGAACUGAGACCUGAAUCAGCCGGUAUCUAUGAAGAAACAUUGAACAUUUUUCAGUCAAAGGCCUCAUGAUAUGAGGGAGUUGUCACAUGCAGAUCAAUGUAGAGCGUGUGGGAAGAGCUGAAAGGAUGAACAAUUCCUCUCUCACAAAAGGAGCCAGAAGUACCCCAAGUGCUUGUGUAAUUUUUUUUCCAAGCAUAAUGGCCAUAUUUUGCUCUUCUGUAGUAUGGUGAAGGCUAAAAAGUCCAAAUUUGAUUUAAAUAAAAUCAAUUAAAAAUCAAUUGUGUGGUUUUGUUCUGGUCAUGUAUUAUACUUACGUAUUAAACUCUUUACUUGAUUUAAAAAUGUAUUAACACAAAUUUUGUGGAAGGAUUUUGGAGGGAGCAUAUUUCAGGAUUUGAGAGGCUCAUGUUGGUUCGAAGCUCAGUUGUCAGUAAUAGUUCUGGGUCAAGCUGGACAAUAAGGAGACUGAAAAGAGCAGAGAGGUUAAGUCAAGGAGAUUACAAGCUAGU